GCUGACAGCCAGGGCUGGACAGAGGCUGGGACUUACUGAUGUGUGAGAGAGUGCCAAACAUGAUGUUCUGUUUGGCCUUGCCUAAACAAGAACGGGGACUGGAGGGACAGCCGCUUUGGGGAAGACACAAGAGGCAAUUCGAGGCCAGAGCUAGCUUAGACCCCGUUGUGAGUGGGCGCGGGCUCCUCGGCGCCGCUACGGACUGAGGCGGAAGGGGGAUGUGAUCGACAACGAGAUCAGCCCCGACUCAAACACGGUGGUGUUGGUCUUGUCCGAUGGUAGAGGAAGUGGCUAGUAGCUUGCCUGGUCGACAGUCACGCUGACCGGGUCAAGCAGGGUCUACCGGCGGAGAUGAGAAGAAAGCGGAGGAGGGAGAAGUAUAGGGGUGAAGAGAAAGAUGUGGAUGCUGUUGAUGUUGAUGUUGUUGUUGAUGAUGAUGGUAGGCGGCAGCUCGAUCCGGUUGAGGCUGGCUGGGACGGGACCAGUCGAGUUGUCGACUGGCUGUCGACGUGUCUGACAGUAAAGCCACACACACACAGUGUCCUGUCUGCCAAGGUGUCCUAGUCUUCGUCUUCCUCUCUGUGGGUAGCCCGUCGCCCUUGGUCACGGCAUCACACAACUUAAUUGCCAAAGAGAGCCUCACGCAAAGGCACUGGCGCUGAAUGAUGCAGGCGAUAGCUUCCGCAGCGGGCGUCACACGGCGUUACGGAAAUGCGGCAAGACAUGGCAAAGAAAGGCAUUGAAUACGACGGAGGCAUUCGCCUGCUGCGUGUUGCGUCGACCUGCAGCUGCAGGGAGCUCAAUUGGCGCCCGUCUCGAGGCCCCUGCAAUGUCUGGUCUAUUGGCGGGGCCGGCGUGGUGUGCCUGGCAUGUCGAGGGGGUUUCUUUGAGUCUGGAUCAUCGCCUUACCAGUAACACCUGUCGAUCGUAAGGUUUCCACCAGCGUCAACUAUUACCAAGCCAGGUCUCAUAAGAAGGAAAGUGUCAGGGUGCUGCCUUGCACUCAGUCACAAUUCAUGCAGUUCGUCCUACUUAUUACAGCAUUUCAGACUCAGCAGCAUCCGAUUCCGAACCCGAACCCUCAGGUGUGGUCACAUUCUUCCCCAUGUCUCGUGGAGGCGAUGGGCAUGGCUUGCUUGAAGGUGACGGCCAGGAAAUGGGGCGGAUAUCAACCAGGCAUGUGUAGCAGUCAAAGAUCUGAGCGCCGAUAAGGUUGUCCACGCGAUGUGGGUGCGGUCGCUGCAUAACAAGCUUACCAGCGACACGGGACCCGCACAGCACCGCGGCAGCGGCAGCCAGCAGAUGCGACAGACAAAACUGACGAUUUUGAGCCCGGGCGCGGGGACGAGAAACGAUCUCAGCCUUGACGGGACCUUCGUGCCGGUUGACAGGCGCGCAGCUGAGACCCGGAAGGCCCUGGGAUUUGCUCCGAUCGGUGUGAUGUGCAGUGGAUCCUGGGGCCGGAAACCGCUUGACUUCUCGGUUCCUCGGGAGGAAACACAACGUCACCGUCGCUGCUGCCCAGAGGAUCCGCUGGCUCCUCCUGCUCCUGCCACACACGGCCUGGCUGCGUACUGUGGUGAUAGUCUCAUCCCACCACUGCGCAGCACCAUCUGCGGCGGUGCGUGGCGGGCGCGACUGGCCGCUCACGCCGAAGGCCCCCUUUCUAACCUGGGUGGGACUUGACAGCGGGCGACCGUUGAGCAGUUCCAUCUCACCCGUCGUCAAGUCUCAGUCAGUCGGUUCUGGCCAGGUGAUUGAGUCGUCAUCAGACACAUUUGAUUCGACCGCGACGACAACAAGGCACUGGUUCUCUGCAUCAACCGAGUCCGGAUGACUGACGGGUGAGCGACGGGCUGACCAUUAGGAGCUUUUUCUCGGCCGUGAUCUGCGGCGAGAACAGACACUUUGGCGAGUGGGAGGCACCCAGCCGUCUGAAUUCAGUUCUGCCCCUAGCAUCCUCCCAACUUUUGCGGCCGUGGCCCUUGGGAUCGUGAGGGGUCAUCAGCGAAAGGGGCGUUGGCAUUGGGCGGGAGAAGGCGAGGUGCAUCUAGUGCGUAACACGUCGCGUGUCAACCCAACUCGAUGUCGUCGAGCAGAGGAUCGGAUGGGGGGGUUGUAGCGUGAGGACCCUGGGGCUGAUCUGUCCUCUUUCAGACUGGAAAUCGGUCAAGGGCCUGUGUUGAUGUGUGGGCUGAGACACCGGCUUGGCCAACCGCACAGUCGGCGACGGUUUGCUUGUCACAACGCUGGUCCACGACGAGGCAGUAGUACUGUGCGCACAGCCCAAGACGUGUAAGAAAUCAACCAAGAGAACCAGAGAAUCCAGAAACUCAAACCCCACGGAAGUACAGCAGGCGGGCGGGUAUUUUUUUCCGACGUGCAAAAGUCGUGCCCACACUGCCGGCCUCAUUGCCUCUACCAGGGCCUUGAUUGUUGAAUAGCAGACGACAUAUGGAUGUUGGCUGAGAGGGGGGAGGUCCCGACGCCGACGCCGACGCCGACGGCCGACCGAGAGUGGGACUCUUCGGCUCUAACCCAAUGGCAGGGAGCGGCGCUUCCCCAUGAAACAGGCGGGCACGACCUGGAUGAUGUUUUAG